ACAUAGAUGGAGACACAAUUUUGUGAUGCUAAGCCUCACGUAAAGGCUACAUUGCGUCUUGGCUCAGAAUCGUAUUCUGUUGAGCCGAAAAACGGUUCUUUAUCAGAGCAAUUGGUUUCACUGAAAGAGGAAAGCAUGACCAUAUUAAAGGAUUUCAUUACAAAGCAUAAUGUUCCUCAUGAUGUACCGGAUGAGUCAUUAGAAGCUUCUUCGGACGAUGAUGUUGAUGCUGAUGAUAUUCCUGAGAAGCCUCAAGCUAAGUCCAAGAAAACCAAAUUGACCUAGCUUUUGUUAUAUCGUUUGAUCGAUCUGAAUCAUUUGUUGUACGUAAUGUAUGCUUUAACGCCUACUUUGUUGAAAAUUUACGAUGUAGCUUUUGGUAACAGACUAAAACACGUACCGACUUUGUGUUUCACUGCUCAUAUGUUUUCAGUUCUUCUCUGUUUGUAUGGUUCUUUUUGCAGUCGUAGUAUAGUGUGGAACCUUAAAUGGUUUUAACUAA